UGUGUGUGGCAGAGGUAUAAAUGCGCUGAACGCCGCCCCUCUAUUUUCAAACGAGCUCAGACGACCUCAGCGCAGGAUCUCCGGUAAGUACAAAAAAACCCAUCUAAAGAACAAUGGCCCGUACCAAACAGACCGCCAGAAAGUCCACUGGAGGGAAAGCUCCUAGGAAACAGCUGGCCACAAAGGCGGCGAGGAAAAGCGCGCCCUCCACAGGAGGAGUGAAGAAGCCCCACAGAUACAGGCCUGGAACCGUAGCUCUGCGAGAGAUCCGUCGUUACCAGAAGUCGACGGAGUUGCUGAUCCGCAAGCUGCCCUUCCAGAGGUUGGUCAGAGAAAUCGCACAGGACUUCAAGACCGACCUGAGGUUUCAGAGUGCAGCCAUUGGUGCUCUUCAGGAAGCAAGUGAGGCUUACCUCGUUGGUCUGUUUGAGGACACCAACCUGUGUGCCAUCCACGCCAAGAGGGUCACCAUCAUGCCCAAGGACAUCCAGCUAGCAAGGCGAAUCCGAGGAGAGCGUGCAUAAUUGAAUAUAUUUUUUUCUCCUUUUUUAUUUCUUUAUUUGGAACUUUUUUCGUUUCAUUAACCGAACACGCACUCUAAGCAAUGGAUUUUAAACCAACGGCAUUUUAUAAAACAUUCCCAACAGACUCAGGUUCCAGUGGAAAAUGUGUAUUUAGUGUUAGCAGUGCUCAUUGUAGAGUAGAGUUUAGUUUUGCAUGCUGAAAUAUUUAUCUUUUUACAUUGGCUAUUGGGUUGUUAAUAAAAAAAAUCACUACCUCAA